AUGAAAAAGCGAAUUCUGAAACAAGUUCGCAGUGCUCCUGCUCCUGCUCCUGCUCCUGCUGCUGAUGAUGAUGGUGGUGGGAAUGCACCAACUUUGCUGUCAAACGCACCUGAAGAACAACAACAACAACAACCACCACCACCGCCUUCCGCCCCAAAAGCCUCCUUCUCCUGUCUGGAGUGGCAGUACGAGAUAGCCAAACGCGAGAAAGAGCAACAACAACAACAACAACAACCACCGCCUGCCGCCCCAAAAGCCUCCUUCUCCUGUCUGGAGUGGCAGUACGAGAUAGCCAAACGCGAGAAAGAGGUAAAAGAAACGGAAGAAGAAGUGGAGGCAGCUGAACGGCAAAAGGCGGCCGAAACGCUGGAAGAGAAGCUCAAUGAAGUGGAAGCCGCCCUGGUAGAACAGCAGCGACAGCUGAUAAGCCUCAUACAGCUGCAAAGUGGCUGCAAGGAGAACGAACUGCCGGAGCUGCUGAUGCUUGAACUCAGCCGAAACGGCCUCAUUACUCCUCCUCCGUCGUCGGCGGCGGCGUCAUUGUCAUCAGCAGCCUCGGUGGAAAGCGUAACGUCACCCUCUUCUUCUCCUUCAUCUUCUUCAUCCUCAUCUUCCAGCAAAAAGCCAUCUGAGUUGACUGUUGAAGUUGAAGUUGAAACUCUUGAAACUCUUGAACAGAAGCAAAGCGAACAAGCGCAAACAGCUCAACAAAAUCAACAACAACAACAAAAGCAACAACAGCAAA